AUGUGCUGUACCGUUAUGUCGACGCCAAGUCUACAAAAGAAGAGGAAUAAAAGCAUAUAUAAGACUCAGGAUGACGGUGAAAACUCGAGUUUCUUUAAAAGGCAUCACUAUACAAGGCGCUUAAGCGAGAAUACAGGAGAAUUGUCGGAUAAUGAAUACACAAGCGGAAACAGUUCAAGUUCCGAUCGUCAAUCAGGAAGAAGUUUAGACCUAGAAGGUGGCGAGCUACUCUUAAAUAAGAAUUUAGAACGUGCAGUUAGCGAUGUUGAUAAAGAUAGCAGCAUCCUAUCGUCAUCUUCAUUGUCUAUAUCAGGUUCAAGUGAUAGUGACAAUGAUUCACAACCUGUAGCAGCAGGUACCGAUACUCCAAUUUUAUUUACGGUUCCAAAGGAAAAUAUGAAGACAAUUGAGGUAACUGGAAGGCUAAAAGAUAUUCAUGAUGAGGUUAUACAGCGAGAACAUACGCCGCUAGAGCAGAAUACGAGUAAAAUGGUGUUCAAAGAUCAAUUUGAUACUGUUGCACAAUAUAACCAUAUUAAAGACGUGCGACUGAGGUUUAAGAAAGAGUUUAACGUGCCUCGGACGUUAUUUGCUGAUCAACUACUAGAAAAGGCUAGGAAAUAUUUACCAUUAAUCGACCAAAUACUUCAAGGAACUCGGGCAUCAAUGUAUUACGACAAUGCUAGAAUUGCAUUUAAGAAUUCAAAUAAGGCAAUGUUAAGCGUACAGGAAUUCAGGACACUGGAGCUGCGAUCGUUUACUGCCGGGUAUUUUGGCGUGAAGCGUCAAAUCAGGCUAAGCUCAGAAAUUUUAGAAACCUAUAGAGAUGAACUAUCUAAGCAUAAAAAUCCCACGGUACAGUGGUGGGGUCCAACAGAUUUCUCGCAUUACGUUUUGGCACCUGAAGUGCUGUCUUACGUUUGCAAAGAAGAAAUGUCCUUUGCAGAUAUCGAAGAUGCUUGGUCGUAUAUGGAAAAGACGGCCGAAUAUGGCUUGGUAGUUGCAGACGAAGAACCGAUGGAAUUAUGGGAAAUAACAUAUGAGAAAGAAAAGCUCGAGAGGCUUGGAUUAGGCCCAGAAUAUUCCAGUUUGAGCUACAGAGACGUACCUUCCGAGAAAAGGUCAAAUGCCGAGCCCAAGAGUUCUAGGCAGCUAAGGAAGCGACAAAAAUUAAGUAAAUAG